UAUUUUAGAAUAUUUUAUGGGCCUAAAUUGCUGAAUUUUAUCAAUUCAUUAACAAGUUAAAAAUAAGACAGUUUAAAAGUAAUAUAGGCUACAAUCAGCAAUAAGCUACUCAGAAGUUGACAUUUGAUCUCUUUUAGUAUAAUAUUAUUUGUAAAAGAAGGCCGUAUAGUCAUAAAUAAAGGCAUACUGAGCAAAUUGACAGAUCUGAAUAUGACAUAAGACAAAAUAAGCUUUAAUUUGGUAAAUACCUUUUUUUAAGAAUAAUCCAUGUUCUGAAAAUUUUUUAUCACUGUCACCACUUUAUUCACUCACUUGUAAAUUCUAUCUUGUGGACCAAUAUAAAGGCCUUGUUAGCCAAACUUUCACUUUCUUAAAUUUUUGACACAUUAUCUUUUUAAAAUGAGUCUCUCUUUGUCCGCACAGAGUGAUGUAGCAGACACACUGCUGAUGGGAGAAGUAGCGGUAGUCGAUGCUGAGGGGGGCGCGAUGGAGUCCACUGCCCAGAUAUCUCCAGUCACUGCCAUGAAUCCUGGGAACAGUGAUAAAUCAUCAAAUAUCUCCCAAGAAGCGAGAAGGAGGAUUAUGUUAGAGGGGGUUCUCAAGUCAUUUUCUACAAUUUUAGGGAAAACAAUGGCCAGAGUAAUGAAGGAUAUAAAGGCGGAAAUGAAGGAAGUGCAGGAAUCAUUGGAGGAUAAGUCGAUUAUCAUCAAAUCAGAUUCGUCAAAUCAUACUAGAGAACUUGAUCAAUAG